UAGCUUCUACAACCAUUAGAGUCCUUGUUUCAAUCAACGCCCAAAAACCCAAGUCAAGUUUUCAAGUUCUUCAAAAAAAGAAGGCUAAACAUUUCUUUUCAUUUGUCAAAAAUGGCACCUCAUGGAGAGGCUAUUUCAAGGAGCAACAACUUCUCCAAGCCACCAAGGCUUUCAUCCAAUGGCCUCCAAAGAACAAUCUCAGACAUAUCAAUGGAAUUGGGGAAGGAGUUGGCAAUAACAUCAGAUACCAAACAAGGGGCGCUUCCACCGAUAUCUGAGAUUGAGGAUGCACGGUGCGAGUGUUGUGGAAUGUGCGAGGAGUACACACAAGAGUACAUUGAUCGGAUGCGAGACAAGUUCCUUGGGAAGUGGAUAUGCGGGCUUUGCGCCGAGGCCGUGGAAGGCGAAGUGGAGAAGCAUGGAGGGAGCAAAGAGGCAGCAUUGAACGCGCACAUGAGCGCCUGCGUAAGGUUUAACAAACUGGGGAGGGCUUAUCCUGUGUUGUUUCAAGCCGAGGCAAUGAGAGAGAUGUUGAAGAAGAGUCGGCAGGAUGGGAGAGAUGGUUUUAGGGCCAAGUCUUUGAGUCCUAGAGACAAAGCUGCAGUUCAAAAGAAAGGUGGGAUUGCUAGGAGUUCGAGUUGCAUUCCAGCCAUCAUAAGAUCAGAGGAUCUCAACAAUCUCAAACUGCAAAACUAAAUCAUAUUUUGCCUGAGAUCUCCUAAUUUUAGCCACUUUAACUAUCCUUUAUUCCCUCCAUUCCUAUAUCCCAUCUUAACCUCUACUAAAUUUCAGUUAACUUCCAUUGCUGUCUUUUGAAUCUUCUUCAACACCUAGUUUCAUCACCUGGUUUUGAAAGGUUAUUUUUUUCUAGGUGGGCUUCUUAUAUUUUUGCUUCCCUUUCAUGGGUUUUUUUUUCCCUGCUGUAAAAGAGUACCUUAAAUUUGGUAUUUGUUUUAUGAUGUAGCUAUUUGCUUUGAUAUGCAUUAACUAGUGGUUGGAUGUGAAGAUCUGGCUACCAGAAGAAACUGUUCAUGUUCAGAUCUAGCCCAUCUUCAUUUCUAACCUAUUAACAGCAUGUAUUUAUAUGAAGCUUGUUCAAAUAAAAUAUGUUAUUAUUAA